CAAAUCAUGGUUUAAAGAGUUCCUGUGACAGAGACUCCACCAUUCACACUAGUUCAAACCAGCGAGUGACCCGGGCCCCAGGCUACAGAGGGAGGCGAACUCCUUCUCCUCCCCCCCCCCCUCGCUCUCUGCCAACCGGCCCUGGGGAAAUUCCUUCCCUGCCCUAAAUCUGGGGAUCAAUUACUGGCCGCAGGCGGGAUGGCAGCACUGUGGAGGUCGUACCAGCGGCUCAUGGCCCAGCACCCCUGGAAAGUGCAGAUCCUCACAGCUGGGUCCCUGGUGGGAGUCGGAGAUGUGAUCUCUCAGCAGCUGGUGGAAAGAAGGGGCCUGAGAGGGCACAGCAGUCGAAGGACGCUGAAGAUGAUGGCCAUUGGCUUCUGCUUUGUGGGCCCUGUGGUAGGAGGCUGGUACCAGCUCCUGGAUCGACUUAUUCCGGGAAACACCAGGAUGGUGGCGUUGAAGAAGAUGGCGCUGGAUCAGGUGGGGUUUGCACCUUGCUUCCUGGGCUGUUUCUUGGCCAUCGCCGGGGCACUCAACGGCCUGUCCGCCGAGGAGAGCUGGGCCAAGAUCCGACGGGAUUACCCGGACGCGCUGCUCACCAACUAUUACCUCUGGCCAGCCGUGCAGAUUGCCAACUUCUACUUCAUCCCCCUGAACCACAGGCUGGCUGUCGUGCAGGUGGUGGCUGUCGUCUGGAAUUCCUACCUGUCCUGGAAGGCGAACAAGCUGUGAGGCCCCGGGUCCGACGCCCCUCCCAUCACCCCCUAACCCGGUCUCCCCCAGUCUCCUGCCCGGCCUGCCCCCGCCAUGCCGCACCCUCCUCUGCUCCCCAUAGCGAAGGGCUGUGGGGCUGGCCCCCGUCCCCGUUGCCUCCACCCAGCCUCAGGGCCCCCCCAUGCCGCACCCUCCUCUGCUCCCCAUAGUGAAUGGCCGUGGGGCCGUCCCCCGUCCCCGUUGCCUCCACCCAGCCGCAGGGCCCCCCCAUGCCGCACCCUCCUCUGCUCCCCAUAGUGAAUGGCCGUGGGGCCGGCCCCCGUCCCCGUUCCCUCCACCCAGCCGCAGGGCCCCCCCAUGCCGCACCCUCCUCUGCGACUGCCAUAGUGAAUGGCCGUGGGGCCGGCCCCCGUCCCCGUUCCCUCCACCCAGCCGCAGGGCCCCCCAUGCCGCACCCUCCUCUGCUCCCCAUAGCGCAUGGCCGUGGGGCCGGCCCCCGUCCCCGUUCCCUCCACCCAGCCGCAGGGCCCCCCCCAUGCCGCACCCUCCUCUGCUCCCCAUAGCACAUGGCCGUGGGGCCGGCCCCCGUCCCCGUUCCCUCCACCCAGCCGCAGGGCCCCCCCCAUGCCGCACCCUCCUCUGCUCCCCAUAGCGCAUGGCCGUGGGGCCGGCCCCCGUCCCCGUUCCCUCCACCCAGCCGCAGGGCCCCCCCCAUGCCGCACCCUCCUCUGCUCCCCAUAGCGCAUGGCCGUGGGGCCGGCCCCCGUCCCCGUUCCCUCCACCCAGCCGCAGGGCCCCCCCCAUGCCGCACCCUCCUCUGCUCCCCAUAGUGAAUGGCCGUGGGGCCGGCCCCCGUCCCCGUUCCCUCCACCCAGCCGCAGGGCCCCCCCCAUGCCGCACCCUCCUCUGCUCCCCAUAGUGAAUGGCCGUGGGGCUGGCCCCCGUCCCCGUUCCCUCCACCCAGCCGCAGGGCCCCCCCAUGCCGCACCCUCCUCUGCUCCCCAUAGCGAAGGGCCGUGGGGCCGGCCCCCGUCCCCGUUCCCUCCAACCAGCCGCAGGGCCCACCCCAUGCCGCACCCUCCUCUGCUCCCCAUAGCACAUGGCCGUGGGGCCGGCCCCCGUCCCCGUUCCCUCCACCCAGCCGCAGGGCCCCCCCCAUGCCGCACCCUCCUCUGCUCCCCAUAGUGAAUGGCCGUGGGGCUGGCCCCCGUCCCCGUUCCCUCCACCCAGCCGCAGGGCCCCCCCAUGCCGCACCCUCCUCUGCUCCCCAUAGCGAAGGGCCGUGGGGCCGUCCCCCGUCCCCGUUCCCUCCACCCAGCCGCAGGGCCCCCCCCAUGCCGCACCCUCCUCUGCUCCCCAUAGCGAAGGGCCGUGGGGCCGUCCCCCGUCCCCGUUCCCUCCACCCAGCCGCAGGGCCCCCCCAUGCCGCACCCUCCUCUGCUCCCCAUAGUGAAUGGCCGUGGGGCCGGCCCCCGUCCCCGUUCCCUCCACCCAGCCGCAGGGCCCCCCCAUGCCGCACCCUCCUCUGCGACUGCCAUAGUGAAUGGCCGUGGGGCCGUCCCCCGUCCCCGUUCCCUCCACCCAGCCGCAGGGCCCCCCCCAUGCUGCACCCUCCUCUGUGACUGCCAUAGUGAAUGGCCGUGGGGCUGGCCCCCGUCCCCGUUCCCUCCACCCAGCCGCAGGGCCCCCCCCAUGCCGCACCCUCCUCUGCUCCCCAUAGUGAAUGGCCGUGGGGCCGGCCCCCGUCCCCGUUCCCUCCACCCAGCCGCAGGGCCCCCCCAUGCCGCACCCUCCUCUGUGACUGCCAUAGCGCAGGGCCGUGGGGCUGGCCCCCGCUUUCUGUGCCCUCCACCCAGCCUGGUCUCCCCCAGCCUUCCGCCCGGCCUGCCCUCCCCCACGCCGCACCCUCCUCUGCGACUGCCAUAGUGAAUGGCCAUGGGGCCGGCCCAGCAGUGGCUCUUGGGGGAGCUCCAGGAGGCCACAUCACACAGCAACCAUCGAACUGGCCCCCCAGGGCAGCUUCAACAAAGGAACCGCUGGCACGUGGUGCUGGGGGCCUGAGCUGUGCCCCACGGCUGUCCCCAGCACAGGCGGAGAUUGAUUCCUGCCCCACAGCUGUCCCCAGGGUGACUGAGCUGCACCCCAUGGCGGUCCCUGGCGCCGGGGUAGACCGAGCCGUGCCCCAUGGAGGCCCGCGGUGCUGGGGGCCAUCGAGCCGUGCCCCUGGUUGGAGAGCCCCUCCCCCGACAGGCCCCUCUGAGCCGUUGCCCACACAGCCCAGGCAAGCUGGGAAGGAACUGGAGAAAUAAACUCAGUUACUGGC